GUAGGAAUUGAAUCGCAGUUCGUUUUUUUUGCUUUGUUCUUUGUUUAGAUACAAAUUACAAAACAGUGUGUAUAGCAAACGUUCACGAACUGUUUGAAACAGUACUCUUACACAUUAUAAUACAUUGAAUCAUUUUGUUGCUUGAGUCUAGUUGUCCAAGCACAAUUAUGUUCAUCAUAUCGGAGAUUACAUCGUUAGUGUUCUCUGUUUUGUUUUGAUAGUUUGUCCAAUAUUUCAGGAGUUUCUUUCAUUUCAGAAACAACAACAGUCUUUCUGCGCAUGACGAAAAAAAUAUUGCAUCCCGGGUAGUUUUAUAGUUUUUGUGAUAAAUAUACCCUUGACGCUUAAUAGCUGUAUUUGGCUUCCGUAUUAUCUGAUUGAGUAUUUGUUUUUACAAUUUUAUAGACCGACCUAAUUAGAGAGUUCAUUUCGGAGUUACGUUCGUUCAGUAAAUCACGGUUGAACGCUUUCGUAGAUAUAGAACAUCAAAUUUAUUAUUUUCCAAGGAUAAACACUAAGCUAUAGAGUAAAGAAAUAAAUCAAAACAAAUCAUCUCAAAUUGUCAGACUUGUCUUUGUGUGGAAAUCUAAUCAAAGUUAAGUUUUCGCGCCAAUUAAAAUCCAUGGAAAACUUGUAAUUUGGUAAUAUUCAGCUUUUUUACAUCGAUGAUUAAUGAUAUAGCAAAGGAACAUGUACAAAACGACGUCGAUCGAAAGUGGUCGAAUUUAAAGAUAUCCAAUAGGACAAUACAAUUUUUACUGCCAGCCCCCAAUAAAUUAAGAAUUUGUAGAAAAUGAACUACAAAUCAUUACCACCACUUCUCACAUUGGUAGGAAUUGUAACAGUUUGUCAGGCUGUUAAAGUGACAAACAUAAAAGUUCCUGCUGCAUUCACCAUAGACAAAGCGAGAAAUGAGACUGACAUUCUCAUAUUAGACUGCGACUAUGAUUUUUUCCAGAAUGAAAGUGGGUUUGUGCUGAAAUGGCUAUUUAAUGACCAACAAAUCUAUCAAUGGAUUCCCAAUCAAAAGCCAUCAGCACUGCCACUGAUGAAAGGACUGGUAAAUCUAACGUAUGAGGCUUCGCCAGAACCAUUUUUCAAGCACAAAUCUCUUUGGAUUACGAAAACAUCGUGGAAUUUAACUGGUGAAUACACUUGCCAUGUACAAACCUUUCAAUCAUCCGACAAAAAAUCUGCUAGGCUGCAGGUCAUCGUCCCUGAAAGCAAGUUCGAGUUGAAACAUAAAACAGACGACAGUGGUGUUGUGAACAUUAUGUGCAAAGUCAGCGACAUUUUUCCCAAACCCGAUUUAAUAGUCGAAUUUAACGAGAACGAUGUGUACCGAAAAGUGAGCGAUAUCGACAUUCAAACUCAAAGAGAUGAUGAUGGUCUCUACACCGUUUUAGCUGAACGAAAAGUACAAAUUUCGCAAAUGCUGUGCCCGACCACCAUUAGAUGUACUCUAAGUUUAUUAGGAACAAAUUAUACACGACGCGUGGAGACGAUUUUCUAUGACUCUAAUGAACCGAAUCUAGAGUCAGAUGCAAUUUGUGACACUCCUUCACCUUAAAUGGCAAACGACUGCACGCCUACCACAAACACAAUUUCCAUUAAAUGUGAAAACCAUUGCAUAUUCAUUGCAUCUACGUCUCGCAAUAAAAUGGAUGAACAAUG